UAUAACAGGACAAGGAGGCAGUUGUAGUCUGGGUGGGUUUGUUUGGGGGAUAAAAACAAGAGAAAGAGAGAGAGAGAGAGAGAGAGAGAGAGAGAGAGAGAGAGAGAGAGAGAGAGAGAGAGAGAGAGAGAGAGAGAGAGAUUGCUCCAGACACAACCAUGGACAACGGACACAGCAAAACGGUGGAGGAAUGCCUCGCCUACUUUGGAGUGAACGAGAAGGCAGGGCUCGCUCCCGACCAAGUGAAGAAGAAUAUGGAGAAAUACGGACCAAAUGAGCUCCCAGCUGAAGAAGGAAAGACAAUCUGGGAGCUGGUUGUCGAGCAGUUUGAAGACUUGCUGGUCAGAAUCCUGCUUCUUGCGGCCUGCAUCUCCUUUGUCCUGGCCUUGUUUGAGGAAGGUGAGGAGACUGUCACGGCCUUCGUGGAGCCCUUCGUCAUCCUGCUGAUUCUCAUUGCCAAUGCCAUCGUCGGGGUGUGGCAGGAGAGGAAUGCGGAGAGCGCUAUCGAGGCCCUGAAGGAGUACGAGCCGGAGAUCGGGAAGGUUUACCGAACAGACAGGAAGAGCGUGCAGAGGAUCAAAGCAAGGGAAAUUGUACCGGGAGACAUUGUGGAGGUGGCAGUUGGUGAUAAGGUCCCUGCUGAUAUCAGACUCACCUCUAUCAUCUCCACCACGCUGCGAGUGGACCAGUCCAUCCUGACAGGGGAGUCCGUGUCGGUGAUCAAGCACACUGACCCUGUCCCCGACCCCCGUGCCGUCAACCAGGACAAGAAGAACAUGCUGUUCUCUGGCACUAACAUCGCAGCUGGCAAGGCGCUGGGCGUGGCCGUGUCCACGGGUGUGAACACGGAGAUCGGUAAGAUCCGUGACCAGAUGGCGGCGACGGAGCAGGAGAAGACCCCCCUGCAGCAGAAGCUGGACGAGUUCGGAGAGCAGCUCUCCAAGGUGAUCUCGCUGAUCUGCGUGGCUGUGUGGCUCAUCAACAUCGGACACUUCAACGACCCGGUCCACGGGGGCUCCUGGAUCCGAGGCGCCGUGUACUACUUCAAGAUCGCCGUGGCCCUGGCCGUCGCUGCCAUCCCAGAGGGUCUCCCUGCUGUCAUCACCACCUGUCUGGCUCUAGGUACAAGGCGCAUGGCGAAGAAGAACGCCAUCGUGAGGAGCCUGCCCUCCGUCGAGACCCUGGGCUGCACCUCGGUCAUCUGCUCAGACAAGACAGGCACCCUGACCACCAACCAGAUGUCUGUGUGCAAGAUGUUCACUGUCGAUAAAGUUGAAGGUGACGUCUGCAGCCUGAAUGAGUUCAACAUCUCCGGCUCCAAAUACACCCCCGAGGGAGACGUGACCAAGAAUGACAAGCAGAUCAAGUGUGGUCAGUAUGAUGGCCUGGUUGAAUUGGCCACAAUCUGUGCUCUGUGCAACGACUCCUCCCUGGAUUACAACGAGUCUAAGGGUAUCUAUGAGAAGGUUGGUGAGGCCACAGAGACUGCUCUGUGCUGCCUGGUUGAGAAGAUGAAUGUUUUCAACACUGAGGUCCGCAGCCUGUCCAAGGUGGAGCGAGCCAAUGCCUGCUGCUCCGUGAUCAAGCAGUUGAUGAAGAAGGAGUUCACUCUGGAGUUCUCUCGAGACAGGAAGUCCAUGUCUGUGUACUGCAACCCCGCCAAGGCAUCCCGCGCAGCUGUGGGGAGCAAGCUGUUCGUCAAGGGCGCCCCCGAGGGUGUGAUUGACCGCUGUGCCUACGUCCGCGUGGGGACAACCCGCGUCCCCCUGACCACCCCGGUGAAGGACAAGAUCCUGACAGUGAUCAAGGAGUGGGGGACGGGCCGGGACACCCUGCGCUGCCUCGCCCUCGCCACCCGCGACUCGCCCCUCAAGUUGGAGGAGAUGAACCUCGAGGACUCCACCAAGUUCGUAGAAUAUGAGAAUGACCUCACCUUCGUGGGCUGUGUGGGCAUGCUGGACCCCCCCCGCAAGGAGGUGACGGGAUCCAUCCAGCUGUGCCGCGCCGCUGGCAUCCGUGUCAUCAUGAUCACUGGUGAUAACAAGGGCACAGCAGUGGCUAUCUGUCGUCGUAUUGGAAUCUUCGGGGAGGAUGAGGAGGUGACCGGCCGCGCCUACACGGGCCGUGAAUUCGAUGACCUCCCCCCUGCCGAGCAGAGAGAGGCAGUGAAGAGAGCCUGCUGCUAUGCCAGAGUGGAGCCGUCCCACAAAUCCAAGAUCGUAGAGUUCCUGCAGUCCUUUGAUGAGAUCACCGCCAUGACGGGUGAUGGGGUGAACGACGCCCCCGCUCUGAAGAAGGCUGAGAUCGGUAUUGCGAUGGGCUCCGGCACGGCCGUGGCGAAGUCAGCCUCUGAGAUGGUGCUGGCCGAUGAUAACUUCUCCUCCAUCGUGGCCGCCGUGGAGGAGGGCAGAGCGAUCUACAACAACAUGAAGCAGUUCAUCAGAUACCUCAUCUCAUCCAACGUGGGGGAGGUGGUGUGUAUCUUCCUCACUGCUGCGCUCGGACUACCCGAGGCUCUGAUCCCCGUUCAGCUGCUCUGGGUGAACCUCGUAACAGAUGGCCUCCCCGCCACGGCCCUCGGGUUCAACCCCCCCGACCUGGACAUCAUGGGCAAGCCCCCCCGCAGCGCCAAGGAGCCCCUCAUCUCCGGCUGGCUGUUCUUCAGAUACCUGGCCAUUGGAGCCUAUGUUGGCGCUGCCACUGUUGGAGCCGCUGCCUGGUGGUUCUUGUACGCUGAGGAUGGACCCGAAGUCUCCUACUACCAGCUGUCUCACUUCAUGCAGUGCACGGAGGAUAACCCUGACUUUGAGGGUGUGUCGUGCAAGGUGUUCGAGUCCCCAGCUCCCAUGACGAUGGCUCUGUCUGUGCUGGUCACCAUUGAGAUGUGCAACGCCCUCAACAGUCUCUCUGAGAACCAGUCUCUCCUCAGGAUGCCUCCCUGGGUUAACUGCUGGCUGUUGGGAUCAAUCUGCCUCUCCAUGUCUCUGCACUUCCUCAUCCUCUAUGUCGAUCCUCUGCCUAUGAUUUUCAAGCUCACUCAGCUAACAUUGACUCAGUGGAUCGUGGUUCUCAAGAUUUCUCUGCCGGUCAUCGGUCUGGACGAGUUGCUCAAAUUUGUGGCUCGCAACUGCCUAGAACCAUAAACCUGUCCUUCCAUUCUCCUUGCACCUGACUAAAAACAGAGAAAGAUAAGAAUUUAGUGAUGAAGAAAUUGCAAUAAAAAAAAUCUAAGAAUUAGAGAAAGAAGAAAAGAAACAAAAAGAAAACUCAGAAACAAACAGCAAAAUAUGAAAAAAUAAAGCCAAGAAGUGGAGAGAGCCGAGAGAAAGCAGCAGCUCGUCUGUGAUUAAUAUGAAUAAUAAAAAGAUGGAAUUAUGGAAGGAUACUGGUGCUGAUACUAGCAAUAAUAAAUUUAAGUAUAUGAAAUGUUAUUAUAUUAAACAAAUGAAGAGGGUGUAUCAAUAAUAAAUUAUAAAAUAAAAAAUAUAUAACUGA